AUGGAAACCUACCUCCAGUACCGCCGGAUAGGACGCACGAUCCAGAAGCAACUCGAGUCCUCCGACGCCGAAUCUGCACGCGAACUACCAUGCGUAUCCCGCCAGAAGACCAAAAUCGUCAAUGGACGGUCAAUACUCAUCGUUGAAUGGGACGGACCAGACGAUCCACAGAAUCCCCGAAAUUGGCCUCUCUUUCGUCGCGUCUAUGCGACACUCAUCAUAUCCGCCAUCGCUUUCAUGGUCGGUGCUGCGGCCCCAAUUGACGCAGCCGUUUUACCUCAGGCUGCCAAAGACCUGGGUGUCAGCCAAGUCGCAGAGACAUUGGCUGUUGGCAUCUUCCUGAUCGGUUUCGGUGCUGGAGCACUCAUCUGUGGUCCCUUCUCCGAGGUCCUGGGCAGAAGUGGCACAUACAUUGUCUCUCUCGUUUUCAUGUGCAUUUGGCUGAUGGCGUCGGCUCUGGCACCCAACAUUGGCGCCCAAAUCGUCUUUCGAUUUCUGGCAGGCUUCAGCGGCGCAUCUCCUCUCGUCUGCGCAGGGGGAUCGGUGUCGGAUAUGUUUACGCCCAUCGAGAAGACGUACAUAUUUCCCAUCUUCGCCAUCGGGGGUUUCCUCGGACCACCACUUGGUCCUGUGAUGGCCGCCUGGGUACCAACAUCGCCCGUCCUUCAUACAUGGAGGUGGGCAGAGUGGAUAGCGUUAUUCACAGCUGCGGUCGUCCUCCUCCUAGCUUUUUUCUUCCAGCCAGAGACGUUUCCACCGCUUUUGUUGAGUUGGAAGGCGAAGCACUUGCGGAGGAUCACCGGCGACGAGCGCUACUAUGCUGAACACGAAAUUGAGCGCAUACCACUCGCAACGCGGCUUAGGGUUGCCCUGCCUAGACCGUUCAUCAUGGCCUUUACCGAGCCGGUGAUCUUUUUGAUUACUUUGUACAUGUCGGUCCUGUACAUCAUCCUCUUUACCUUCUUUGACGGAUAUGACUUCAUCUUCCGAGAGACAUACGGCGUUUCCCAGGGUAUAUCGAACACGAUUUUCAUCGGAAUAGCUAUCGGUGUAUGCCUCGUUGCACCCUGGCUGCCUUGGAUGUAUAAGAUGACUAUACGAGCUCAGAAGACGGCCGAAGCAAACGGCCUAAAGCAGUUCGAUCCUGAAGUUCGAUUAUGGUUCGCGAUGCUUGGUGGCGCUCUAGCGAUACCCGUCUCGCUGUUGUGGAUGGGUUGGACGGCAUACCGCAGCGUCUCGAUCUGGUCCCCGAUCAUCGCUUCAGUCCUUUUCGGCUACGGCACUAUCAUGAUCUUCAUCAGUUGUUACAUGUACAUCAUCGACAGUUACGAGAUGUACGCGGCAAGUGCGCUAACAUUCGCCACGCUGGCUCGAUAUAUCAUUGCAGGAGGCAUGACGGUUGUGGGAGUGCCCUUCUACAAGAAUAUGGGUGUGCAUUGGACAUUGACCAUUUUGGCGGCCUUGAGUGCCUUGCUAGCCCCGAUGCCGUACGUGUUUUACAAAUAUGGGUAUAUCAUUAGGAGAAGGAGUCGAUUUGCGGUGAGUCGAGCAGCAGAGGAUGAGGACGUGCCCGUUCAGAACGAGUCUUCUGGUUCGUCUUCCAUGACCAUACCGUUGGAGGUGGACAAAGAACUUGCGGACAGGCCGGCGACUGAAUGA